AUGAACCGAACUCAGCUUCAAUGGCAACUUGGAAAGCUUGAUAACAGACGGCUGUACGACUUAGUACUAUGCAGCGAGCUGGAAAAGCUGAGAGAUGCAAAGCCGAUUGUCUACUCACAUAGAAAGGCCUCGUUUCCCAUUGGAACCACAUCACUCGAUUUCGAUUCGACAGGCCAGUUUCUAUUGUCCAGCGGGGAGGAUGGAAGUUUAGCCCUCUGGGCUCUCGACGAGGGCCAUAGCGAAGGAAAGCUAGUUAAUAAGCGCAUUCAGUUUGCGGCAGGAGAGUCGAAGGAAUCUGUGAACCCAUCAUCCCGCCGGGUGCACGUUACGGCACGAAGUCCCGGCGGAAAAGCCCCGCGCUUCCUUACAUCAGUGGAGUCUCGCCCACCAGACUCCCUGCAGGGUCCCAGGGAAGCAUCGCACGCGUUUUCUGUGACUAGCGUGAAGUGGUAUGGACCCGACAACGGUCUCUUCUUCACAGGUAGUAACGACCACAAGGUUAAAAUCUGGGACACUAACACCUUCCAAGUGGCAAGCUCCAUUGAUAUUGCUCACCGGGUGGCUCAGCUGGACACACUAGGUGAUCUUCUUGCUGUCGCCAGUGAAGAUUCGCACCCCCGGCUGAUAGAUUUAAGAUCAAUGAGUGCCGCCAUAUCACUGGGCGUGAAGCGCUCCGACAUGCGUCACGGCAUCAACGCUGCAAAAUUCUCACACACGAGUUCAGGUGCGAAGCCUCUUCUGCUUGCCACUGGCGACGACGACGGCAACGUCCGCGUUUGGGACCUGCGCAUGGGCAACCGCUGGCUGUGCGAUCUCACCGAGGCAGACACCCUUUCAAAGUCGCACGCGCGCUGUUGCAACGACCUGUGCUGGGACCCGAGCGGCUCGCUAAAGCUUGUCACCACGGGAAACGACGGUAAAUGCAAAAUGUGGGAUCUUCACGAGGGCGGCGCCAAACCUCAGCUUGUGCGUCAGCUCGGUGCCACGGACCUUACGUCCAACCGGUUUCGUCGGCGCACGUCCCACUACCUCAUGUGGCAGGGGCCCUAUGUUUUUUUUAACAGCGACCACGGCGAAAUCCUCGUGUACCAGAGCCAUAGCGGUCUUCUGUGGCAUGCAUUUGAGUACCCGCUGCGCGUUGCGCAGCCCGAAAGGCUCCGAUCAACCCCGAAGCUACAAAGCAUGGCCAUCCAGACCCGUCUUGCCAACACGCUGGGCGUGAGGCUCGUUUUGGGUACAGACAAUACACACGGAAGAAUUCUGGAGUAUCGAGUGUAG